AUGAUUCGCUGGUGUGUAUUUUUACAACUUUUUGCGGGGGGUCUCAUUGACAGUAUCGUGCAGCAUGAACGGCGGGUUAUACCGCGCCACGCCGUGGCAACUAAUGUCCACUCUGUGCCGUCUGGAGGGACUAGUACAGCUGUCCCGCUGUUCUCAGCAAGUGUUCCUGGCCGAGGUCCGACGGUCCCCCAGCAGCCCUACAAUGUCGGGACCACUAACGCGUUUCAUUUCACCACUGGAAAUGGAAUGCCAGUCGUUUUCAACCUCGCGGAGGGAACCGGUGUCCCUUUGCAGCAGUUGUUGAACCGGCAGACGAUCCACCUCCAGGCACGCGAUGAACGUAUUGCGGACAUGCCCGGGGAUACAAUCUCCAUUCGCAUUGAGUGGCCUGGAUACCCAUCAUUUACGAAGCAAAUAGCUUCAAAGGACUGGAAGAAAACAAGGUCACCAAACACGCGGGAGAGGUUGGCGGUAAAAGUUGCAGGCGCCAUCAAUACUUUCUUGCAGAACAAUGCGGACGUUCCAUGCGAUCCCCCGAAUUCGAGAUGGCGUAUCGGUCCCAAUGGCAUUCGCACCGAGCAUCUUGUCCUGGUGUCACUGCACCGCAUGUCACAGGGAAGUUGGCAGCCCAAACUGUGUCUCCUUCAUGACAACGCACAACAGUGA